AUGGGAGAAGAAAGUUUUGCUCAGACAAUAGAUUUAGAGAAUUGGAUGAAAAAGCUGCCAGAACAAAUUAAAAAUACUCCUUUUAUAUACAUUGCCAUACCAGGAAGCCAUGAUUCAAUGACCUAUGCUAUAACUAGAUCAAGUGAUUUAGCACCUGAUGCUGAACCAAUUCUCAAAAGACUGUACCCCUUGUUCAAAGGUACAAUAUUGAGGUGGACAAUAACUCAAAGCAUAGAUGCCUUGCAACAGCUUCUAAUGGGCAUUAGAUAUUUUGAUCUGAGACUUGCAACAAAGACUGGUUCCGAUCAUUUUUACUUUACACAUGGAGUUUAUGCAGGAGAAAUAACGGGGCCCUUACAUCAAAUUAAGGAUUUUAUUAACUCCCACCCUGGAGAGGUUGUGAUUUUGGAUUUGCAACAUUUUUAUGGAUUUACUGCGGAUGACCAUCAAAAGCUUAUAAGGUAUCUAUUGAAUAUGUUUGGACCAAAACUUGUACCAAGAAUACAAAACCUUCAAAGCAUUACGUUGAAUUCACUUCAGAGAUUAGGACAGCAGGUGGUUGUUGUGUAUCGUAACCCCUCUGUGCAAUCGACAGGGGAAUUGUGGCAAUCCAAUAUGUUACCAUCCCCUUGGCCACAGCAAGAUAGUAUUACAGCAUUAUUGCUAUUUCUGCAAAAUGUAAAACGUCAUCCGGGCAUGGGUUUUGUGCACCAGGCUGUUUUGACACCGACACCAGCAUUUAUUUUGUUCCGGUGGCUAUCAACGUUACGAGAGAAAUGUGCUAAGCCUGUUAAAAACGAGAUCUACCCAAAGCUGACUGAGUUUACUCCAGGACCACCUAAAACUAACGGCUCAGCAUCUGUUAAUGUCGUUAUAGCAGACUUCAUAGAUCUAGACAACGCCAUAUUUUCUAAAACGGUUAUAAAUCUUAACUAUAAGCUUCUAAGGAAUACCAAUUCCUUAUUCCAUAAUAAUGGGUAA